CCUGUACAGCACAGUCACCAAAGCCAACUGAAGCCGCCUGGUGUUUAGACGCAUCACGACCUGACGACACGAGCACAGUUACAGUAACACAGAACAAACAGCUCAUCGUUUGCUCCUAACGUUGACUGUAAAGAAAUUAAAUCAUAUUCAAUAAGACACGGAAGCCUCAGCGAAUGCUUUGCAGUAUUUAUAGUAUAAGGUAUAUAUGCAUUUCAUUGUUUACGUCCUGCCAAACUGUAAAGGCGCUCAUCUACCUGUAAAUGUAUCCAAAUGAGAGAGAAUAAAGAUGGUGGUGCUUCAAUAAUGACGCUGCAUCAAACUGUUAAUUUUAGCUCAACCUAAACGUGCACUGACAGCAACACCAUCAUGUUUGUUCUUUCAUAAAGUAAAUAAAAACUUUCAGUUCCUCUUUUACUGUGGAAACUACAGUUAAAAUAACUUCUUCAUUAGUUUUUUUGUCUCACUGCAGAGAAUUAAAAUGAGCCUGCUGUCACUGUGAGCUCAGGACCAGAGCCACUGAGGCCUCUACAGCCUGCAGGAGUAAACAGACAGUUCGUGUGCAGCCUCGCUGAGGCUCCUGCUCUUCGCUUGCAGAGCUGCACUGCUGGCGGCCUCCUCCGCUGAAGGCCAGAGCUCCACCCAGGUGUCCUUUCCCAACAUGUAGAUGUAUCUGACAGACAGCAAGCAGAGCAUUGGGACGGUUUCACUUACAGACCAUGUAAAAGAGGAUGCGUCACACCAGCGCUCAGCAGCUCUGUGUGAAGAGAGAGACACUACACCACAAACCUGAAGGAAAGAGGAGCAGGUACAGGUGUGGAGGCAGAUGUUGUGCCCGUUGCCUGUUCCCCUGAGAGCAGCGAGCUCUGGGACUGAACUGAUGUUCUUCAAACUUUGCCCUGAGGAGGAAAAGGUUCUCAGCUCUCUUCUAUCCUGAACUCCUCCACUUGAGGCAGGAACUGUCCCCUGACCUCGAGAUAAAGCCAGAGAAGUGAAGAACCCAGAAGCAGAACACGGUGGUGCAGAGGCUCAGACACAGUGACCACGUCCACACAUGCACUAAGUGGCAGCAGUAGGUAGGAUGGGUAGACGACAGCAGAAUGUGGCCCCCAGCGUCAGCGAUGGACCACAGCUUUGACUCCACACCAAGCGUCUGUCUCAUGUUUGAGCAUCAGUUCCCUCUAGUGGCCACGCUUCAUCAUUGCACAUAGAGGUUUCAUCCCUCUGGAAGCUUCGUGUCAGUAGCUAAACCUAGACACAGUCACAGCAUGAAUCAGUCAGCUGAUAAUGACACCUAAUCAUGAUGUGUGGUGGAAAACAACACAGAGCAACCAGUUCUAAUGGGAUCAGGUUCAGUUCUUCUGGUUUAAUUGAUGAGCUGCUCAUCAGUCUCCUCAUGUCUGUAUGUCUCCGUGACAACAUGCAGUGUUGUGGUAAUUCCUCAUCACAGGCUGCUGCCUUCUGUGGGAAAUUUUGUGUUGUCAUGAGAUGCUGUGCCUCUGGCUGAGGGUUGUUCCUGGGGGGUCAUCAAGCAUUUGGUUAUCAAAUGGUGGGGGUUUCACUGUAGUGACCACGGGAACAUUGUAAAAGGAAGUAAAGGGGGGUUUACUGCACUCAUGUAUAUCAAAGACCUGUCAACAGCUAAUGUGGGGGUUUGUAACAGGGUAUAAAUACAGGUCUUGUGUCCUCAGUCCUUCAGUGGAUACUUUGUACAUAGUGAGAUGUGCCUUACGUCUUAGAUGUAAUUGUGAUCCACUCCGUGUCGACAUGAGAGUAAACUUUGAGAUGGUUUAUCACACUGAUGAUGGUUGAUUUCUUUAUAAGAAGAUUUCCACAACAUUACCUCUGUGAUCGGGCUCCUCACACAGAUGCUGAUGUUUCCUUCUCAGACGCAUCUAAUAAAACACAGUUUUAUUCCCACUAAUGAUUCAACCUGCAAUUGUUUCAGCUGAUGCAUCAAACCAUCUGCAGCUGUCAAAUGUUUAAACCACUGAUUGAAUGUUGGUCACAGGUUGAGGUCACUGUGGCCUCACAUCAGGUAAAUUCUUAUGAAUAUGAUCAAAGCAAACCAGUAAAAGCUGGUAGUGAGGUUGUCUGGUUCUGUGUGUUAAUGUCGAACCUUAGCUACUUAUGAGUAUUGUAUUUUUCACAGGCUCCUUUGAGUGUAGUAAUAUCUGUUUAAUGACUUGUUGGGCUCUUGGAUGAAGCUGAACGUUAGAACCAGUAAUUUCAGAUUUCAGAAGUGUUAUAUUCUCCAAGUCAAGUGGAUGGAAGUGUGACUCAGCAGCAGUGUUGGUUUAGUAGUGUGUGUAGUGUGGGCAGUUUUUGCAAUACAGUUCAUAUAAAUAAAUACUCCGACAUAAUCUUAAAAUGACAGAAAGCGCAGUUUUUUCAUUUUCUAGCUGGGGUUCCCAGCAUUUUCUAGCUGGGGUUCUAGCUGGGGUUCCGUGACAGGCUCCUCAGGCCUGUCACGAACACAGGCCUGAGGAGCCAUUUCCAGAACCAACAUUUGUCCGGACUGGCCCGGACGCACGACCGUCGUCAUCAGUGAAGGUAAAUGGCGCUUAAAGCUUUUACGUGACGAUUCUCUGUGUUCGGGACAGUGUGAGCAAAUGUUGGUAAGAUUAGAGAAAUCUGAUCAUUAAAUUCUGAUUUGGCUGCUUUAAGUAAAUUAUCUGUGUGGGAGAGACAAAGAGAGGCGGUGGAGAAUUUACCUGUGCUUACUUAUACUGCUGUAAAUAGCUGCUUUGCAUAACCAACUGCUGUGUGUGUAUGUGCUAUCUUGCGCUUGGGGAAAAAAAUGACAUAGCCUAUUGACCUCUAGAAGUUACGUAGGUUAACUUGAGGCAGGCGACGUUUGAAAAAUCUAAAGUAUGGGCGUUGUAGUCUGCAUUCGGAUAAAAUAAAUUUAAGGCUGUGUAAGUUCUGUGUCGACGCUGGAAAAUUUGGUCCAGGUAUUGAGCGGGGUCACUGAACCAUACCUCGUUGAGCGGCUGUUAAAUUAAAGGGGAAGACGUACGGUACCGGCGUCGGUAGACAGUGCGGCCUCGGUGCAACGGGUUGUGAAAUUCGGUAAAUUUGACCUGCUCGAUAGAAUCGAAAUUUAUUAGGCACUGUAGGCUUGUGUAAUGUAUUGGGAAUCUACAUUAAGCUUGGAACGGAUCAAUCCAAGUGUAGAGCUUCCCAAGGUUUGUGAGGCCUGGUAACAUAGGGAUAACCGGUAAAAGCGCUUUUUGUUUAUUGUGUGUUGAACUGCAGUGUGUCGAUGUGUCAGUAUUGCGCAAGUAUAGUUAGGUUGGGGUGAGUAUAGGUUUAGUAUAUGUUAAUGCAUUUAAGGAUAGUGUGAUAAGUGCUAAGUUGUUGCGGUGUUAAUAAUAAUUAACAGGUGUCGAGGUAAUAACAUUUGAGUCUGUGUCUGUAAAAAAACCUUGAGUGUGUGUUAAUAAUUGACAGUGUGCGUUCCCUUUUGGUCCUUUGGAGCAGAGAGUGUGUGUGUAACGGGGGAGAUAAAGCCUUGCUGUUCAGUGUCUGUGUGUGUGUUUGUUUGUUUUUUAACAGUCUGGGAAGAGCCGUGGGGUAAAUGCUGUGUAGAUUACAUUUUCGAACGUUUCGAUCAUUCUAUCAUUUUUGAUAAUUCUAAUAUUUUUUUAGUGUCCUGUGUGGACAUUGGGGUAAUCAUUGUUUGAAAUAAUCUGCGUAUUUUAGAACGAUGUUUCCACACUGUGGUUGGGACUGGUCAAGCAGGUCACAGAGUGUGUGCAGAUUGCGGUCUCCUGGUUUAGUUAAAAAAGAAAAAGGGGGGAGGAGUGAAUUGGGACUCCAAAUUGGACCCGGAGACGUUAGUUUUGUUCCUCUUCGCGUGUUCACUUCUCAUGUGUGUGCGUGUGAAUGUGUGUGUGAAUACUGCCCAGAGCAGGAAGUCAAAUAAGUCAACUAAGUAGGAUAAAACACCUAUAAUAAGUCCAUUAACAUUCAUUCCUGGUCGGUCCAUUUAAGUAUGUCAUAUACUCUUUUCUCAGGAGAUUCAGAAGUAUUCGAAGAAAUAGAAUAAGCGGACGCAUAAAGCUACGUCACCCUGGCCAACAGAGGGGACAUUUGAUCUGAGGCAGUGGGUUGAGAUCAAAUCUGUGAUGCAGUGUUGCAUUUUAUUGGCUGUGUAAAAAUGAUGGGCAAAAAGUGAAAUGUUGUAAUAAUCAAUCUAAUCAGAUCACUAUAAUUAAGUCUCUUUCAGAUGCGUCCCAGAUGGAUGCAGAAGAAACAAAACCUGGAAGGAGAAAGAAGCCAGUUCACCCUGUAGCUGAUCCAGAAGGGACAGACAGGGCAGUGAAAAGGGAUGAGUUAUUAGAACUGUCCGACGUUUAUUUAAAAACAGAAAAUAUCAAUUGGAAAUUCCUGCAGUGAAAGUGAUCUGCGUGACAGAGCAGGUAGAUCACUGUGGGCUGGGUCAGAUGAGGAAUCAGUGUGUGUUGGUAACGAACGGGUAAAUGAGGUUUCUGAUGGACUUCCUCUGCUGGUCAAAGGGGCAAAGUGUCAAAAUCUGCCCUGGCCUUCAAAACCGGAACAGAAUGAUCUGAAUGACACUGUGGAACUGUGCAACAUGUCAGUAGAACAAAUAACUGACCAUGUGAUUCAUGCUGUUGAGCUGCGUCAAAAGCAGGCAAAGGAGGCCGUGAAAGAAGCAACACGCCAGCAGCAGCGAAAAGAGGGGGAGAAAAGAGAGACGAGGAUGGUGUCUGCUCAACCAGCCAGCGUGCCUCAGACCCCACCUACACCACCAGGCAUGGCCACACCUCAGGUGAUGUACAUUCUACCAGGUGGGUGGACAAGACGACCUCCUAUGAGGAGAGGAGGGACUCCUCCAGGCCGAGGAGCAAGACGAGGAUGCUGUGGAAAAACUGUGAACUGCUUCCAGUGUGGGAGGUAUGGACAUGUGCAAAGCCAGUGAUGGAACAAGAGUCCACCUGGACGGCCAAGGAAGGCUGAGGCUCAAGCAGGGCCACUGAGACAGUGCAGGCUGUCAGAUAUGAACUGUGUCAAUGGAUGUUAUCAAAAGCCAAAAAGCCAGAGGCCUCUGAAUCUGUGUUCUCACCUUGCUGCACACUUUAGUACUUUGAGACUCAGACAAAUAUCUAAAUUUUAAAAAAAAAACAAAAACAAAAUAAAUAAGUUGAAUUGGUGAAAAUAACUCAGUCCUUAAAGCUGCCAAAAGCUUAAAAUAAAUAAAUGAAUAAAAUAAAAUAUUUCAAUUUUACAAGGAAAGGGAGAGGUACGGUAUAGAGAAUAUUUCAAAAUAAAGUUCCCAAUUCACUCACUGCUGUUCAAAUGCUUCACCUGAUGCUCAGUGGUUGACUGUGUUUUAUCCUCCAAGAGGUUUGGCUGUAUCUGGGUUUAUAUGAACUUUCUUUAGUAAGUUACAAUAUUUUAGUUGUAGUUUUUAUCCACAGUUGUUACAGUAUGUUGUCAUUAGAGACUCAGAUAGUCACGGGGGAAAUUACAAUUAGAUGCAGUAGUGAUUGUGGGGUUGUUUGUGUUUCUAGGUUAUUGCUUUGUGCAACAGGUUCAACAGGUUGUGUUAUGUCUAAUGUGUCAUCUCUGAUAGGUUGUGAGAAUGCAGCUUAUUUAGUCUGUAUGUUAAUUUCGUCAUAGAGUCACUUAGUGCAUGCAUUUACAGCACUUCCUGAAUUAAAUAAGUUUUAUCGCAGUGAUUCUGUGUUCUUCAUCAGGUUAGUCACUAAAGCUCAAUCCUUCUUGUUUAGCUGUCAGCUGACAUCGAGGGUGUAACCUUGAAGUUUAGAUGCUGUAUAAGUUUCUUAAUUUCACUUAGUUUAUUAAGUCCCAGUAAGGAUAGAUAAGUAAGGGUAAGAAAUGAUUUUUAGGGGUUGUACUAAUGUGCCCAUCUUAAGUUAGCGAUUCGAUUGUCCUCACUUUCUAAAUUAGUAAUUUGUAUAAUCACUUGGAUGCAGUAUGUGUGUAUGGGGAGUAUGAAAAUGAAUGACAGGAGACUUGUAUGUGUGGCGUCUGCUGUGGGACUAUUCUUCUAUUCUGUUUCUGUUGUGUCUCUUCCCAAGUUGGCAAACUUAUUCGAAGGAGGCCUAUUGGUUCAAAAGUUGGUGUUUGAGUCGGUUCAAAUGUUAACUUGGAGUGUAAAUAGCUUGCGAAGAGGAUGAUUUCAGCAGGAUUCCUAGUGGAGUGAGAAAAAAAGAGAUGGUAGCAUGGUACAGUAUGUGAGGGAGGAAAGGAGGUCAAGGAGUGAAGGAAAGGGAAAGUGUGAAUGUUGACAAUAGAGAGAUGAAACAGUGCUGUGAACCUUGCAUUUCAGGAUGUAGCUUGUAAAAAAAAAUAUGCAGAACGCAUAAAACUAACAUUGCAUGAAGCUUUGCUUGACAGAAUAGUGUUUAAUGCAUCAACCAGUGACCUACGUUUUUAUGUAAAACAGAUAAUUAACAAACGCAGGAAAGCUGUGUUGUUCCAUUGCAGGAAAGAAGAGGUCAAAGAAGAUCAAACUCCGGAUCACUGAUGGGCCCUGAGUGACACUGCUGACUCAUUUAGCAGAACAAGGUCACAGGCUAGCCUUUCUAAAUUAUAGUUCUCCUAGAGCAAGAGGUCUCUCUCUUAGCUCACGUGCACGAUAAAAACCCUGAGCUCAUGACAUGACUGACUGAUAUAUGCUCUACGGACUGACCAUGACACGUGUCGAUGAUGUUUAUUGUUGUUGAUUUUAUAUAAUGAGGGUUUAACCAUUUUCAUUCUGCAUCUCAGUGUGUUGUUGUACACAGGAAGCUCACAUUAACAGCUUCAACCCUUCUCUUUAGGCGGAGCAGCAGUGGAGAAACUGUGUCAGCAUAAACACCUCGCUUAAACUGAUUUUCUUGCCUAACCGAACCGAUUUCUCUCCUACCCCUAACCUCUGUCCACAGGUUACUUCAGUAUCAGAAAAGGGUCUUCUAUCUUCUGACGUGCUACAAAUUGGUUAUUUUAUAUUCUCGGAUUUUCUGAUUUCUACACGACGGCCUGAGACAAGAAGCAAACUAUAUGUUCUAUUUAGCCUAACCCUAACCCUAGCUCUGUAGGAUGGUUUAUGCUGCACUAUGGUACAGAGCUUUCUGCCUCUCAGCUAUCAGCUCUCAGGUCCAGCUGGAGCACCAGUCUGAGGGGGACAGAGGAUGACGCAGCAGAGGAGUGCUGAAGCCCUGGACAGUCUGGAAGCGAGUGACUCGGUGUGAGGGCCACAAGUGAGCUGGGCCAACUGGGUCGGCUAGCAGAGAGGCUAGGCAUCAGAUGAGCUUCCCAGGACAACGCAGAGGGUGCAGUGCCACAACUUCCAGAACAACCAUGAUGGAAGGAGCCACUGGAGCCGAAGGAGCUGAUGGAGAGUCCAAUUAAACCAAUUCCAGCUAGACCAAGACUUCUCACCCACCUAAUAUUGUGGGGCUGCGCGGACCAACACAUCUAUAGGAGGCGGAAUGACGUGGCAGCACAGACCUUCAAGACUGACUGUUGCUGCGUAUGAGGAUCACCUGUUGGAGCUGAAAGAAGAGCCUAGGCAAAAGGAGACGUCCUAGGCAAAGGACGAGCUGGAGCUGAAGUUGAAACCUGGGGAUCCGGUGUACAUCAAGGGGUUUUGGGAGAACGUGGGACCAUGCCCGACAAGAAGGUCCCAACAUGUUGGUCAAGACGACCUCGAGAGCAGUUCAAGUUAAAGGCUCUCCCACCUGGUAUCAUCUGAACCACUGUGUUAAAGUAUCAGAGGGGGAAAUGGGGAACCCUAAGAUUGAUGUUUAGUACAAAUGGUCCAAGUGUGUUUGUAAACUUGUCAGUAAUUUGUUUUUGUGUUUAUUUUUAGAGGCAGGUACCGGAUUCACCUGUGAAAUGUUCGGAGGUCAUCAAGCUGGCUGCCCUGAAAAGUCCUGUAUUAGCAGUAGGAUAAAUUUGGCUAUUUUAAGUGAUUUAUGUGUCCACAUUGCUAAGGUUAAACGACACUUAAAAUGGGUUGGGACCUUGCUAGUGCUUAUCACUGGUUUAAGGCAGUAAAGUAAAUCGGGCUUAGCUCUAAUGGACAUUUGUCUGUCCAUUGAGGGGGAAAGUUUGUGGUAAAUCCUGUUCCUCCUAUGGAGUUAUUUCUGUCCAUUGCAACAAAUGUCAAGUUGACCGUGGUGUCAGGUUGGCCACUAAAACAAAUAAACUGCUGCAGCUGAGUAAACAUGGACUUUCGAUGGACACGUAGGCACUCGCUGGUUGCAUAAACAACACAGCUUUAAAAAGUGGGCAUUGGGAGAUGUUUCUUAGAGUGCUUCGCAGAGGGUCUGCUGCAGACACCCAGCUGACCUUUUUCGACCUCUCAGUUCUUUCUGCAGAAGAACAAGCGGGUGAAUUCGGCCACCACCUCUCUCAUGAUCAUUCUGUGAUUGUACUAUUUCAUUCUAUGUAAUAAAUUCAUGUGUUAAUUUGAGCAUAAAAGUUGAGUCUGUGUGAAAUCUCUGAUAAGGUCGGACCACCAAAAUACACGACAGGGUUUACAGAGCUCGUCUGCUCAUGCAUAUUAAUACAGAGAGGAGGAAGGAACCCAGCACAGCGUUCUUCAGCUUGGUGUUUGUUCACACAAACGGGUUCCAAACAGGACGUCGUGCUCUUCAGAUGCACCAGUUCCACUUCAUGACUGAGCUGUUGCAGUGAGGAGCCGCUAUGGCAGCGUCAGCCGCUGGAUUCCUUCUGCUUCUCUCUGCGUCAGUGGUUCGUGGUGAUAAUGGCUGGUCAGUGACCUUCACAAAGACUGAGAUCUGUGCUGUAGAAGGAGUAACAGUGCAAAUGUCCUGCAGCUACGAAUACCCAUCCUCAUUUAAAGACUCUAUAAUUUCAGUUGAAAGAAAAUUUUGGUUCACAAGGAUGAAUGAGAAUGAGUAUGUGGAUCUUAAAUCAAAUCCACAAUAUGAUCACCGUGUGGAGCAUCAGUGUUGGAACAGAAGCUGCACUUUGACCAUCACCAACGUGAGAAAGAGCGACUCAGGCGUCUACAGGUUCACGUUCAUAUCCACCCACCCUGAGGGGAAGUUCACUGGUGACCCUGGAGUGACCUUAUCCGUCACAGAUGAUUCAAACCUUCAUGUGAACAAAUAUUAUAAUUGGCUAGACUGUAGCAGUAGAUGUCCUCUACCUGAUCAGCGUUCCUACAUCUGGUACGAAAACGGACAUGAACUUCCACAUCAAACAUCUUAUUAUUUAGAGAACGUUGACAGUGCCCACAGCUAUUCGUGUGCGUUGAGAGGACAUGAGGCUUUUCCUGCUCCUUCAGUGUGUGUCAGUGAUCAAACCUGCAACAAAGUGAUUUACACUGACAGAAGCAUCUGUGCCGUCAAAGGAUCAUCAGUGGAGGUUUCCUGUACUUAUAACAGUCAUAGUGGAUCCAUCACAUCUACGUACUGGUUCCGUCAGAGUCCUUCACAGCCUCAGGACCUUCGUACAGACGUCCAGUUUACAGGUCGUGUUCAGGUCCUUGAAGCAGCGACAGGAGGCUCCACUCUGAGAAUCUCUGAUGUGACAGAGACGGAUUCAGGACAGUACGGCUUCACAUUCAGAGCAGGAGGCUUUGAGUGGGGCCGUAGUUUAUCUGGACCCAGUCUGACUGUCACAGUUCUCCAGGUGCAGGUGAUCACAUCAACGCUCCAGGACUCUUACACUGACGCAGAGCUCAGGUGUCUCAGCAGCUGCAGCUCAGCCGCUCGUCUUUCCUACGUCUGGUUCAAGAACGGACACGAGGUCCCGACGGAGGACGGGUCUUACAGAGGCCGCGUUCAUCCUGGAGACGCCAUUGUUUGUGCCUUAAAGGGACGAGAAAACUUCAAAUCUGCCUCUGUGUAUGCUCCAGAUGUUCCCUCAGUGUCAGUGGUUCCCUCUGGAAACAUUCUGGAGAACAGUCUAGUGACUCUUACCUGUAGUAGUGACGCUAACCCAGCAGCUAAUUACACCUGGUACAGAGACUCACAUCCUGAAUCCGUCCAUGAAGGUCCACAGCUCGUCUUCAGCUCCAUCCAGUCGUCUGACUCUGGACACUUUUACUGUGUAGCUGAGAACCAGCUGGGGAGGAAACGCUCUGAAUCCAUCUCUGUUGAUGUGAGAUGUAAAGCAGUGAUGAUAAUAAACAUAACCAGGUUGACUCUUGUGGUCCUGAUGCUGAUUCCUGUGUUUGUUCUGAGUCUGUGGAUGAGGAAGAAAACAGCUCUGAUUUCAAAGUCUUAAUGGAACAAACCUGCAGAGACAUUAGAGACAGACGACACAGAGGAGCAGGACGACCUGGUGUGACCUCCUGUCCCAUAAGAAACAGACCACGUGAAAAUUAUACAGCAACAAAGUUUCAUCAUGUGAUAGGAUGUUUUCAUUGGAAGCAGAUAAACUUCAAAUAUAGACGCAUCACCCUCACAAACGAUGACAUUAAACCAUUUAAAAAUGUCAAGGUCAGACAUUUACAGCUGUUUCAUUCUGCUCAUGUUAAAUGCAUAGAGUUUAUAAUUUGUGCUGGAUUUGUUUAAUUCAUUGUUAUUUACUUAUCCUGCUGUGAUGCAAAUCACGUGCAUCCAAUUGUGCUUUGAUUAUUUUGAUUUUGUUUUUUUAAUAGUUGUAAAGUUUUAAUUGCCUCGUGUGAUAUUGACCUUGACAUAAACAUAAAAUGACCCAUAUGGUCAUAGUUGUGGUAGUGUGAUGCUCUUCCACUAAGGUUCAUCACAUAGCUUCUAUCUAAGUGUGUUAAACUGUAUUUUCAUGCUUUUACCCACGAGACACACAUCAUGUGUUUUUUUUAUGAAAUUGUUGAAAUUGUUAUUGAACAUGAUGAAUCUAAAAUUUAAAUUUCUUUAACUGUAACAUAUAUCUAAAUUUGACUUAGUCUUUAAUAAAGGAUGGAAAAUGUG